GCUUGGCUGACAUCCCCAUCCCAUCUGAAUGUAGCUGGAAGCUAAGCUUCCUUGGUUCGACUCCCGACAUUCCUGGACGGAUUCGUGUCGACUGCCCAGAGUCCGCGAAUUCAAGUCCGUUCCGCUGUCUCCCCAACGUCAUCAUCAAUCUAUCGUUUCCGAAUAAAUAAAUAAAUAAAUAAAUAAAGGACCAGCGAGAAGACUGCUCUGUCAAAAACCAAGCCGGUGACCAGUGAGAGACUGACCGCACCCGACUCCAACCAACAUGUCACUGCACCAGUUUCUGCUCGAACCCAUCACCUGUCACGCCUGGAACCGGGACAGAACCCAGAUUGCCAUCAGUCCCAACAACCAUGAGGUCCACAUCUAUCAGAAGAGUGGUAACCAGUGGGUGAAGGGUCAUGAGCUGAAGGAACACAAUGGACACAUCACAGGUAUCGACUGGGCUCCUAAGUCUGACCGUAUCGUGACGUGUGGGGCGGACCGCAACGCCUACGUCUGGUCUCUGAAGGACGGGGUCUGGAAGCCCACUCUGGUUAUCCUGAGGAUCAACAGGGCUGCUACCUUCGUCAAGUGGUCUCCUCUGGAGAAUAAGUUUGCUGUGGGCAGUGGAGCCAGGCUCAUAUCAGUCUGUUACUUCGAGUCUGAUAACGACUGGUGGGUGAGUAAGCACAUCAAGAAGCCAAUCCGUUCCACCGUCCUCAGUCUGGACUGGCAUCCCAACAACGUGCUGCUGGCGGCUGGAUCCUGUGACUUCAAAUGCAGGGUGUUCUCGGCCUACAUCAAGGAAGUAGAGGAGAAGCCCGGUCCGACCCCCUGGGGGUCCAAGAUGCCUUUUGGGGCGGUGCUGGCUGAGUUUGGGGGUGCGGGGGGAGGAGGAUGGGUCCACUCUGUGUCCUUCUCCUCCUCUGGUAACAGGCUGGCCUGGGUCUCACACGACUCCACUGUUACUGUGGUGGACGGCACCAAGGGAUCCACUCCGUCUCAGUUGAAGACUGAGUUCCUCCCUCUGCUCAGUGUUCUCUUCAUCUCUGAGAACAGCGUGGUGGCAGCGGGUCACGACUGUUGCCCCAUGCUGUUCCGUUGUGAUGACGGAGGGUCCCUAACGCUUGUCUCUAAGCUGGACCUUCCUAAAGCUUCCAUCACUAGAAACAUCUCGGCUAUGGAACGCUUCAGAAACAUGGACAAGCGGGCCACCACAGAGGACCGCAACACAGGCCUGGAUACACUGCACCAGAACUCCAUCACUCAAGUCUCUAUCUAUGAGGGAGACAAGAGGGACUGUCGUAAGUUCUGCACCACGGGCAUCGAUGGAGCCAUGACCAUCUGGGACUUCAAGAGUCUGGAGGCUUCCAUCCAGGGGCUGAGGAUCAUGUGACGGGCCAGCUAAACCCCGCCCCCCCUCCAAGCAGCCAGUAACAGUCUGACCACGCUAAAGUGUCUGAUUUAAAAAGCACUGACUACACACACACGCCACACACACACACACACACACUCUCUCUCUCUGAGCUGACGUGACAUUACUGUUGAUUGUUUGUUUAUGUAAAUGAAGGCUGGGGUCAGAGGUGAACUUGACGACCCCGUGAUGUACCGUUCCACGUCAGUGGGUUUUUAUUUUAUUUGAUAAUAAUAACAGGUAUGGUGUUUAUCUCUGAAGUGACUACGGCUCCACAACACUAAGUUACCAUUGAAGGAUGUGCUGUGUGGUGCUACGAUGCCCCAAAUAGCACCCUGUUCCCUAAUAUAGUGCACUAGUUUUGACCAGAGCCAUAUAGCGGGGGUCCUCUGUGUUGUGUCUCAAUGGGCCCUGGUCAAAACGUGUUUACUCCAAAGGAGUAGGGUGCUAUUUGGGAUGGAUCCUGUGUAAUAAUGAUGGAGGAUGUAUCUAAUUCAGCUGCAGAAUAAAUAAAAAAAACUACUUCCACUUCA